AUGACCGACUCUUCUCUCUCCACUUACACCUGUAUGGGUACUCAAAUGGUAGUAAUUACAUCUAAAGAAGACAGCUCUUCUAGUCAUCCCCGAGAAGGUCUUAUGGUAGUCUACCAAAAGAUCAGUGAAGGUGACAAUACUUCCUCGGACCAAGAACCAUAUCCAGUUGUCCGUAUCCGUCUUGGCACGGAUCAAGGCACCUACCAAUGCGAUAUUCCACAGAGCAAAGUUUCACUGUCCAAGGAAAAGAAGAAAAGGCUCCCCGAAAUCCUGAUGCAAGAUCAAGCUUCCUCUUCCAAUUCACAAAGCGAUCCCAUUCAACUCUCGUUUCAAUUCAGUUCCGAAGGAGAACUCAAAAUAUUUCUAAAGCAAAAAUUGACAUCUGGAAUGUCCAAGAAUGCCUUUCGGGAUGUUCUACAAAAGGAAACCAAUGUCUCGCUCCUUCGCUUUUGUUCUGACUUAGGCGAAGCAAUAAAUGGAGGAAUGUCCAAAGUGACCAAGCUCCAAGAGGAUCUACAGUCAACUCGAUCCAACUUGCAACAAUGGAAAGAGACGGCCAACAAGCUCGAAACUGGAGGGACACAAGAAAAGAAUAUGCUGUUAAAAGGUGCUUACAAGGCUUGGAUUCAAAACCAGGCCAAGCAAAAGAAAAGGGUUGAAGACUUGACAAAGCAGUUGAAAAAGGGCGGCACUUCGCCAACCAAUCGCAGUCCAAUACCAGGAACCCUGGCACCGGACGACGUAGAGCAGGCGAUCGAAACCAACACUAUGUCUCAAUCUAUGGUUGAAGCAUUGGCGGAAGGACGAGGGGUCUAUAACGACAACGAACGGAAGCCGAUUUUGAACAAGAAGACCAUGAAUACGACUUGGAAGAACGAUAAGGAAGACUAUGAUAAAGAGCGACGAGCCAAGCGUCGAGGGAAGACGAAACGAAGCACAUCUUCCAUCGAUGAAGAAAUGGAGGAAGCACCAAAGCCCAGCCGUGGCCAGACGAAGAAGGGCACCAAACGAGGUAGAAAGUCUUCCGAGUCGUCAGAAAGUCGCAUGUUGGACGACUUGCCAAAGCCCAAGGCUACCAGAAAGAAGGCUUCCGCGACUCGAAUGGAUGUAGACAGUGGUGAUGAUAAUGACGAUGAUAGCUUCAAAAAGCCCGCUGCCCAGCCCACGAAGAAGCGUUCCGAGCCAACAAACUAUGAUUCUUCCGAAACCGAUGCUGAUGAUGAUGAUUUUAAACCUGCGCAAAAGAAAACGAGAGUCACGCCGCCUGCGACGAGUACAAAAGCGGAAUCGGAUGACGACUCAGAUAGUGAAGACUCCCUGCUCGCGCAUAUGGGUAUUACAAGUCCGAUCAAGAAAAGCAAGAAAAAGGCGAGUGACUCGGAUACUGACGAUGAUACAUCUGUACCAGGAGCAACGGCAAAGGAAGAUUCUGACACAGACGAUGGUAUAUUGAAACCAGAAGCAAAAGCGAAGGAAGAGUCUGGCAGUGAUUCGGAUACGGAUGAUGGUCAAGACAAGAAUUCUAACUCUGCAUUGGUGAAAUCUCUUCUCAAAACUGCGAAAAAGGUCAAGGAGAACGGGAAGGAUGAUGAUUGGGAUGACUUCUGA